CUGAUCAAAAUAUUAACCAUUACCAAGGCUGAUUUUGCUAAAUUACGCAAGUGUUUAAAAACUGUUCAGUUCAGUAGUCAAAGACUGAUUUUCAAGACAGAAUCUUUCUCAAAAGAGUACGGUUUUCAUAUUGAUACCAACACGCGAUUCAUCGUCGCAUAAUAGCGUGCAUGCGCGAAUAAACGACAGACAGAGAGAGAGACAGAAAGAGAAAAGAAACUCGAUUUACACGUGUGAACGCUGUUCAAAAUGUCUCUGAUAAAUAGAUUCACGAUUAUCGUCAGACGCAGAACUCCGUUCGAAAAUUUACGUCACGUGUCUAAAUACUCGACGAGUUCCAAUGAAAAUAAAAAAGAUCUUAACGGUACGAUUACGAAGUCAGUAUUCAUAUCGCAAUCCACAGAUGUGUUCACCAAUUUAGCCCUAGAGGAUUGGUUUUAUAGAAAUUACAAUUUCACCAAUCAUCAUGUAUUACUUUUCUGGCGUAAUGACCCGUGUAUCGUGAUCGGACGUCAUCAGAACCCUUGGAUCGAGCACAACACUCAAUUGGCCGAGAAACGGGGUAUAGUGCUGGCCCGUCGGAACAGCGGCGGUGGUACCGUUUACCACGAUAAUGGUAAUUUGAAUCUGACCUUCUUCACACCGCGGGAACGAUACAACAGAAAAUACAAUCUGGACAUCAUUACCAGAGCUCUGUAUCGGGAAUGGGGCUUGCAAGCGGACAUCAAUAAACGCGAGGACAUCGUUGUUGAAGGGAAAUACAAAGUAUCCUUUCAUAUAUCUGGUACCGCAGCAAAAUUAGGACGACCGAACGCAUACCAUCACUGCACGCUAUUGGUCAAUGUAAACAAAACAGCUUUAGGUUUAGCUCUGGAGAGGACCGAGAAUGACGUAGAAACAAAUGCUACAGCAUCCACACGUUCUCCGAUAAAAAAUCUAAUUGACGUAAAUUCUCAUAUUCAAAUGGAGAAACUCAUUACCGCGAUCGGCUGGGAAUAUCUCCGUACGAAAGCUCUUGUUGUAGAAGACGGUGGCCAGGAGCUUAUCCAACGUCAGAAAGGAUUUCAAUAUAUUAAUCCAACCGAGGACUGGUUCCCAGGACUGGAUAAAUUAAUAAGCGAAUUUCGUUCGUGGGAAUGGAACUACGCAAAGACACCGAAAUUCAGUGUGACGCGCGUUUUAGACCUGCCCGUGCAGGACAACAAGGUUCAUCGAUUUAAUUUGACGCUAGAGAUUCAAAACGGUAUCAUCGAGGAGGUAAAGAUGAGAAUGCCAGCAGAUUUGAUAUCAAACGAAAUUAACCAAGACGCGAGCGUAAUAACGAAUCUACGUGGCACGAAAUACGAUCACGACGUAAUGGAAAGUAUAAUAUCCACGAUAGGUUGUAAGACGGUUACGCUAAGUACGAACGAAAAUAAAAGUAAUAUGGUUGCUACGCAAUGAUUAAAACCAUCACACAAUCAUAAUGAUCAUACUUAAAUUAUUUGUUGUGUUUAGAAAAUCGAAUUAUUGUAUAAUAGACCGGGAAUCUAUUACAGGCUCGUAUCGCAUAUAUGGUUUUGCAUAAAGACUUUUUAUUAUUCACUGCUGUUAUAUGCAUGUAGUAUAUUGUAAUAUAAAUGUACAAAAAGGAAGAUUAUACAUCGUACGAUUGUAUAUCACAAUUUUAUAUUUUUACAUUAUGGAUGUGUAUAUGUGUUAUUUUAAUAAACCGUUGUUAUUAAUAAA